AAUCAGGAUUUAGAUUAAUUAUUCAGGCAGAUUUAAUGAUAUUGAUUAGAAAAGAUUUUUUAAUAUUAUUUUGACUUUGGCAUUGAUAGUGAUAGAAGUCGUAAAGCUGCUCACUACACAGAGAAGCUGCUUUUAAAGAUAUGAGCUAGUAAAUAUGGAAAAAAGGGAACAAAGAAACUUAACAGAUAUCAUGGAAUUCCAUUUGGUAGGAUUUGUAGGACUUUGCAGUCUGCAGGUUCCGCUCUUCUGCCUCUUCUUACUUAUCUAUGUUGCUACUAUGACUGGGAAUAUCCUCAUUAUUUUGCUGAUUGUUGCUGAUCCUCAUCUUCACACCCCCAUGUAUUACUUCCUGAGUAAUCUCUCUUGCCUGGAGAUCUGCUACAGUUCCAACAUCCUUCCAAUGAUGCUGAUCAAUGUUUUGUAUGGUGGGCGGAGAACAAUUUCUGUCACCGGCUGCAUAAUGCAACAUUAUCUUUUUGGUCUUUUUGGAUCUUCAGAAUGUUGCCUCCUAGCAGCAAUGUCCUAUGAUAGAUAUGUAGCAAUCUGUAAACCACUGCAUUACACAAUACUAAUGAACAGUAGAGUGUGCAUCCAACUUAUAGCUGGAUCAUGGAUAAAUGGUUUACUUGUUAUGGGCAUAGUUUUAUAUUUAAUGUGUCAGUUAAAGUUCUGUGGCCCCAGUGAGAUCAAUCAUUUCUUUUGUGAAUUGAAUCCAAUAUUAAAGCUAGCAUGCAGUGAUACCCGCUUGAUUGAACUUGUCACUAUUUUGAUAUCUGUUGUAUGUAUCUUGCCUCCUUUCUUCUUAACCUUGUUAUCAUAUAGUUACAUUAUUUCCACUAUAAUGAGAAUGUCAUCUGUGAGUGGGAGGAAAAAGGCUUUUACAACCUGCUCCUCACACCUCAUGGUGGUGUCCAUUUUCUAUAGCACCUUAAUGAUUGUUUACAUUUUGCCCAAAACAGAUGGCCUGCGUAAUAUUAACAAAGUGUUGUCUCUGUUUUAUACAAUCCUGACCCCUUUGUUCAAUCCCCUGAUAUACAGCCUACGAAACAGGGAGGUGAAAGAGGCCCUUAAAAAAGUGGUUGCUAAAUUGUGUACAAUUGGAAGGAUGUACCACCAUAAUCUAGCAUGAACAUUUUUAUUAUUUAUAUUAUUCCUCAAUGGAAUGAAGAUUUGUGCUUCUCAAGAAUAUAAUCACAUUGAUGGAUUUCUCUAAAACUGUAUUAGGGACAUUAAAGAAUUUUGCCAUAAUUAUGUCCUCCUCACUUGAUGCAGCCAAAGCAGGGUGAAUGGCAUACCUAAGUGAAUUUUGUUAGCGUUUAAUUCUAAUUCGAGAAAUGAAGAUUCUGAUGGGAUGUAUUCUAAAACAGAUGGCCUGCAAAAUAUUAACAAAGUCUUGUCUCUGUUUUAUACAGUCCUGACUCCUUUGUUCAACCCCGAUAUACAGUUUACGAAACAGGGAGGUGAAAGAAGCUCACAGGAGAGCAGUUGUUAAAUGGUACAAAAUUUAAAAAAUCUAGUAUAAUUAUUAUGAAUUUUUUAAAAAAAUUUGGUUUGAUCUCUAAUAAAUGAAAACAUUGGUCCCUUUACAUUGAUUCUUUCUCCAUUACAUAUGAGGAUUUAUCUAAAAAUAUCUAUAAGAGAUAAAGAAUUCUUCAUUAAACUCUAUGAUUAUUAUUGUGAAUCUGUGAUUAUUUUUUUUUUGCUAAGUUACACUGUUACAAAUUUCUUGUGGGCCUCCUUUGUGGAAGUUGCAAGUGUGAAUCCACAGUCUCUACUUGGUCUGGUGACAAACUAGUCAGUCAAUUUCUUUAGCAGCCAAUGGA